UUCGCACACUUCCAUCCACACAUUCAAAAUGGCAUCCCCAGGUUAUUUCAGCAUCCUAUUGCUUCUGUUCCUCUGUUCUUGUAACUAUCUCGCUAUUGCCCAAAAUCUGCCCUAUAAAGCUGUCAAUCUGGGGAAUUGGCUCGUCGCAGAAGGCUGGAUGAAACCAUCUCUCUUUGAUGGAAUAGUUAACAAAGACCUCUUGGACGGAACUCAAGUGCAAUUGAAGUCCACCAAGUUACAGAAGUUUCUGGUGGCUGAAAACGGAGGAGGAGCUAAUGUUUUGGCUAACCGCGAUUCUGCUUCCGGUUGGGAAACUUUCAGGUUAUGGAGGGUUAGCGAUUCCACCUUCAAUUUCAGAGUGUUCAGCAAGCAAUUCGUUGGUUUGGAUGGUGGAAACAAGCUAGUCGCAACUUCUAACUCACCCAGCAACCCAGAAACUUUCCGGAUUUUAAGGAACAGUGACGACCCAUCCAAAAUUCGCAUCCAAGCAUCGAACGGCAUGUUCCUACAGGCUCAAUCAGAGACAGUGGUAAGUGCUGAUUUUCAAGGUUCCACAAACUGGGAAGAUGGCGACCCAUCUGUGUUCCGUAUGACGAUUGUGAAAACCUUACAAGGAGAGUAUCAAAUUACUAAUGGCUAUGGUCCUGAUAGAGCUCCUCAAGUCAUGCAGAAUCAUUGGAACACGUAUAUCACUGAAGAAGAUUUCAGAUUCAUGUCAGAAAAUGGAUUGACCGCUGUUAGAAUUCCGGUCGGUUGGUGGAUAGCCCACGACCCCAAUCCCCCAAAACCUUUCGUCGGAGGAUCUCUAGCAGCGUUGGACAAUGCUUUCACUUGGGCUCAAAACCAUGGGCUGAAAGUGAUAGUGGACCUUCAUGCAGUUCCAGGUUCACAAAAUGGGAACGAGCACAGCGGAACAAGAGACGGAUAUACUGAAUGGGGAGAUUCAUACAUACCAGACACAGUCGCAGUUAUUGACUUCUUAGCAGAAAGAUACGGGAACAAACCUAGUCUAGGGGGAAUCGAACUGAUGAAUGAGCCAACAUUAGGGCCAGAUCUUGACAACCUCAAGAAUUACUACCAGCAAGCUUAUGAUGCGGUGAGGAAACACUCUGAAAUGGCCUAUGUCAUCAUGUCAAACCCAUUGGAUCAUAGCUCCACCGAACUUCUCUCAUUUUUUGGGAGCUUCGAUCGAGUAGUGGUUGACGUGCAUUAUUACAAUCUGUAUUCAGAUCAGUUCAAAAACAUGAACGUGCAACAAAACAUCGAUUAUAUAAAUAACCAGAGAGCGUCAGAUCUCAGUAGCGUAACCACCAAAAAUGGUCCUCUCAGUUUCAUAGGGGAGUGGACCGCAGAGUGGAACGUCCAGGGAGCGUCAAAGGAGGAUUACCAGAGAUUUGCAAAAGCCCAAUUGGAAGUGUAUUCUCGGGCCACUUUUGGAUGGGCCUAUUGGGCCUACAAAUGCCAAUAUAACCAUUGGAGCCUCAGGUGGAUGAUUGAGAAUGGCUAUAUAAACCUCUCAUUUAGUAUUUAGAGGUAAUGAUAAGAUAAUGCCUUUGCAUUCCUAUCAAAUUUCGUAUUCAGUAAUCAUCCAUCGUUUGACAACAUUUAUGAAGUACUACUAGAAAAUAAAGAAUACGAAUUCUUGGACUUGGAUU